AUGCACAUAAGUUUGGUAGUUGUAUUGAUCUUUUCGCAGGUGGCUGCACUGAACUACAAGGUUAUUAUUCUUGACGAAGUACAUGAAAGAUCAGAGGAGUCUGAUCCUGUACUAGUUUGUGUAAAACGGUUUUUGUUAAAGAACAAUGACUUAAGGGUGGUUUUGAUGUCUGCUACUGAUGAUAUUUCAAGAUAUAGGGACUACUUUAGAGAUCUUGGUAGAGGCGAACGAGUUGAAGUUCUUGCAAUUCCUAGCUCAAAUCAGCACAUGGUUUUCCAACGAAGUGUUUCAUAUGUUGACCAGGCAUGUAUAUGUACUCUGCGCAACUUGUUUUUCAGACAAUAA